AUGGAGUCCGUCAAGAUGAGAGCCAAAGAGGGGAUAAAGGAAUUUGGGGCGAAGACCCUGGGACAGAUGUACAAGGUGAUGGAGAAGCGACAGGGAACUGGUGAAGUUAUCGAAUUAACAGAGGAUGGCAGGCCCUCUGAGGCCCAGGAGAAGAAAGCACCCCUGUGCGACUGCACGUGUUUUGGGCUGCCCCGCCGAUACAUCAUCGCCAUCAUGAGCGGUCUAGGCUUCUGUAUCUCCUUCGGCAUCCGAUGCAAUCUGGGCGUGGCCAUCGUGGGAAUGGUCAACAACAGCACGAUUCACAAAGAUGGGAAGAUCAUCAUCACAGAGAAAGCAAAGUUCAACUGGGACCCAGAGACAGUCGGUAUGAUCCAUGGUUCGUUUUUCUGGGGCUACAUAGUGACGCAGAUCCCGGGAGGGUACAUAUGCUCGAGACUGGCAGCUAACAGGGUUUUCGGUCUUGCCAUUUUCCUUACCUCGACGCUCAAUAUGUUAAUCCCCUCGGCGGCACGGACGCAUUAUGGACUGGUCAUCUUUGUGAGAGUAUUGCAAGGGCUGGUGGAGGGAGUGACCUACCCAGCCUGCCAUGGGAUCUGGAGUAAGUGGGCUCCCCCUCUGGAGAGGAGUCGCCUGGCCACCACCUCCUUCUGUGGUUCCUAUGCUGGUGCUGUCAUAGCCAUGCCUCUAGCAGGAAUCCUGGUGCAGUACUCAGGCUGGUCCUCUGUGUUCUAUCUCUAUGGGUGCUUUGGGAUCUUCUGGUAUGCGUUCUGGAUCCUUGUGUCGUAUGAAAGUCCUGCUGUGCACCCUACCAUCACCCAGGAGGAACGAGUCUACAUAGAGGAGAGCAUCGGGGAGAGUGCCAAGCUCAUGGGCCCUGCUGAGAAAUUUAAGACCCCCUGGAAAAAGUUCUUCACCUCCAUGCCUGUCUAUGCAAUCAUCGUGGCCAACUUCUGCAGAAGCUGGACCUUCUACCUACUGCUUAUCAGUCAGCCGGCCUACUUUGAAGAGGUGUUUGGGUUUGAGAUAAGCAAGGUUGGCAUGGUGUCUGCCCUGCCCCACUUGGUGAUGACAAUCAUUGUGCCCAUUGGAGGGCAGUUGGCUGACUACCUACGCAGCAGGAACAUCCUGUCUACCACUACAGUCAGGAAGAUCAUGAACUGUGGAGGGUUUGGCAUGGAGGCUACGCUGCUGCUGGUGGUGGGAUUUUCCCACACCAAAGGGGUGGCUAUUUCCUUCCUGGUCCUUGCUGUGGGCUUCAGUGGAUUUGCCAUAUCAGGAUUCAACGUCAAUCACUUAGACAUUGCUCCACGCUAUGCCAGUAUCCUUAUGGGCAUAUCCAACGGUGUGGGCACCCUGUCUGGCAUGGUAUGCCCAUUGAUCGUAGGUGCCAUGACAAAAAACAAGACUCGAGAAGAGUGGCAGUGGGUGUUCCUCAUCGCUGCUCUGGUUCACUACGGGGGAGUCAUCUUCUAUGGCAUCUUUGCCUCUGGAGAGAAGCAGCCGUGGGCCGACCCAGAGCUGACCAGCGAUGAGAAGUGUGGCUUCAUCGAUGAGGAUGAGUUGGCAGAGGAGACGGGCGACAUCACCCAGAGUUACGGUGCCCUGGGCGGCGGUCCGGCCAAAACGUACGGUGCUACUACGCAGAACGGGGGCUGGGCUAACAGCUGGGAUAAGAAGGAGGAGUUUGUCCAGGAAGAGGCAGAGGGAGGGCCGUAUGGCUACAGGCAGGACCAGGACUACUCCUAGAGACAGCAGACUCACUGACCAUCAAACGGUAGACUUAUUUUGUAUUGUUUACCAGUUUAGACGAAACAAGUCAAAAACCAAACAAAAAAGAUAACAACCCAUUGUUGUAUGUUUGCACAAAUUCAAAUCAUAAUUUCAAAAGAUAAAAUUUGUUCAAAAGAUGAUUUUAUUGUACAAAUAAAAAUAAUAAUAUAGAGAUGUAGCACAUCAAAUUACCAGAUCUAUUUGUAAAUGUAAUAUGCAUAUAAAUUAUAGAUAUAUUUAUUUGGAGUGCAAUUGUGUGUAAGUGUGAACCAUUUCCACCUCAUCAAUCUGAGCUUCUUCAUUCUGGAGAAGCCUGUUAUGUACGAUCAGACAAGAUUUAACUGGCUUCCUGGAUCAUCAUGCCUAACUGGUUCUUAUUACAACUCCUCAUGAGCCAGCCAUUGCCGUGUAAAAGAAACAUGUCUCUGUAAAAAGGGGACUUAACCAGGAAUGAGACUGUAUGUCUUAGGUUGUACAGUAUCUCUUCUGAAUGCACUGAAAGUAGUGUCCUUUUAAUGCAUAAUAUAAUUAUCUUUUUUUAUUAUGUGUUUGUAUAACUGUCUUUAACACAGAGGCAUAAAGAUACAAUAAUGUUUUGAAGAACGACAUAACACUUUCGCCAGCUGAUAUAAAAGUUUUAAGAUGCAUAUGAAAGAAAAAAACGACGAAGCGUUGCUCACGUGUUUACAGUGCCAUUUUGAGAGCUUGGGACUAUAUGGUUCUAUCUGCAUUUUUUCCCAAAAUGGAGUUAGUGACAUAGCCUUGUUCUGUUCAAUGUUCUCUACCUAUAUACCCCAAUUCAAGUUGUUAAGUUCAAAAGAAUGCAAGAUAAAAAUAGCGGACACCAUUCAAACCAAUGAGGAUUCGGAACUUUCAAGCCAAUUAUCUGUAAUGAACACGACAGAGAGCUGGUUUCAAGCGCAGGGUGCAGCAGGUGUUUAUUGCAAAGGACCACAGGAGGAGGCAGGUAGCUGGGUCCAGGGA